GCCCGGGGCUGCCUGGUCCGGGAGGAGGGGGUCCCCCCGCGCUGGAGGAGCGCCGCCCCCGCUGACGGCGCCGCCGCCGCCGCCGCCGCCAUGGCCGAGACCCGGGAGAGGAUCUGCGCCCACCUGUUCGGGACGGGGGCCGUGUCGGCCCUCACCCUGGCCAAGGGCAUCGGGCUGAUGCGGGCGCGGGACGUGAACCCGGCCCUCUACUACCUGGAGCGCCAGGGCGACGUGUGCCGCGAGGGCAUGACCCAGCCGCUUUGGGCGCUCACCGAGAAGAAGCGGGAGCGCAUGCGCAUCAAGAAGGAGGCGGCCGACCCCGCCGCGCCCGCCCUGGAGAACGGCCGGCGGCCGGGGGCCGCGGAGGACGGCGGCGGCGAGGACGCGGGGCCGCCCCCGGGCGCCCGGCCGGCCGGCGAGGACGGCCGCUGGGCCAGCGACGACAUCCCCGACAGCCUCAACAUGAUCCGGCCCCCGGGGACGGCGGCGGCCGCGGCGGCCGCGGCGGAGUCUCCCGGCUCCAUCGCCCAGCUGGGCUUCCCGCCGCCGCCCCAGCCGUCCCCGCUGGAGAAGCUGACCGCCUGCCGCAAGAAGAACCCCGUCAGCGGGCUCAUGGAGUUCACGCAGUUCACCUGCCAGCCCUGCGAGUUCACCCUCCUGGAGCAGAGCGGGCCCUCGCACGAGCCCCGGUUCAAGUUCCAGGCGGUGAUCAGCGGAAGGCGCUUCCCCCCCGCCGAGGCCAGCAGCAAGAAGCUGGCCAAGCACGACGCGGCCACGAGGGCCCUGAGCGUCCUCCUGCGCGAGGCCGGGGCGGCCGGCGCCGACGGAGACUGUCCCGUGGAGGAUGAGGAGGAGGAAGACAUGGAGCAGAGCGAGGCCCAGGGGUCCCCGCGGCCCGUGCCCGUCAUCAACAAGAACCCCAUCAGCAUCCUCAUGGAGCACGUGCAGAAGGCCGGCGGCACCUGCGAGUUCCGCCUGCUGGCCCAGGAGGGCCCGGCCCACGACCCCAAGUUCGAGUACUGCGUCAUGGUGGGCAGCCGGGUCUUCCCCUCGGCCAUCGCCAACAGCAAGAAGGUGGCGAAGCAGAUGGCGGCCGAGGCGGCGGUGAAGGCGCUCCACGACGACCCCGAGGCCGCGGCCGGACCCCCGGAGCCGCUGGUGCCGCCGCUGGGCACCCCGCUGCUGGGCGCGGAGAACCAGCCGCGGCGCGUGGGCCAGCUCAUCAAGUACCUGAACGCCAACCCCAUCAGCGGCCUGUUCGAGUACGCCCGGUCCAGCGGCUUCGCCGCCGAGUUCAAGCUGGUCAACCAGUCGGGCCCCCCCCACGACCCCAAGUUCAUCUACCAGGCCAAGGUCGGAGGUCGCUGGUUCCCGGCGGUCAGCGCGCACAGCAAGAAGCAGGGCAAGCAGGUGGCGGCGGACGCGGCCCUUCGCGUCCUCAUCGGCGAGACCGAGAUGGAGGAGCGGCGGGGAGCCACCGGCCAGCCGGAGCUCCCAAUGGGGGGAAGCACCGUCCACGACCAGAUCGCCAUGCUGAGCCACAGGUGCUUCAACGCGCUGACGGCCCGCAUCCAGCACAGCCUCCUCGGCCGCAAGAUACUGGCCGCCAUCGUCAUGAAGAAGGGCCCGGGGGACCUGGGGGCCGUGGUCAGCCUCGGGACGGGGAACCGCUGCGUGAAAGGAGGGGAGCUCAGCCUCCGGGGAGAGACGGUCAACGACUGCCACGCCGAGAUCAUCUCCCGGAGGGGCUUCAUCAGGUUCCUGUAUAGCGAGCUGAUGAAGUACAGCCCCGCGUCGGGGGCCGACAGCAUCUUCGAGCCGGCCGAGGGCGGCCGCCUCCAGGUCAAGAGGGGCGUCACCUUCCACCUCUACGUCAGCACGGCCCCCUGUGGGGACGGCGCCCUGUUCGACAAGUCCUGUACUGACCGCCCCGGCCGGGGCGUGGAGGGCCUCCACCAGCCGCUCUUCGAGAACCCCAAGCAGGGCAAACUACGCACCAAAGUGGAGAACGGCGAGGGCACCAUCCCGGUGGAGUCGAGCGCCAUCGUGCCCACGUGGGACGGCAUCCAGCACGGCGAGCGGCUGCGCACCAUGUCCUGCAGCGACAAGAUCCUGCGCUGGAACGUCCUGGGCCUGCAAGGAGCGAUGCUCACCCACUUCCUGCAGCCCAUCUAUCUCACCUCCAUCACGCUCGGCUACUUGUACAGUCAAGGUCACCUGACCCGGGCCCUGUGCUGCCGCAUGGCGAGAGAAGGGAGCGGGUUUCCCGAGGGGCUCCGGCCCCCCUACGCCCUCAACCACCCCAAGCUGGGCCGGGUGAGCGUGUACGACUCGACGCGGCAGACUGGCAAGACCAAGGAAUCCAGCGUCAACUGGUGCCUGGCGGACGGCACGGAGGUGGAGGUGCUGGACGGCACCAAGGGCAAGGUGGACGGGUCGGUCCAGCCGUGGGCCGCCCCGGAGGGGGACGGGGCGGGCCCGGCGGCGGGGGCGGCGGAGGCGGCGGCGGAGGCGGAGGCGUCCCCCCCAGCCCCCACCCCCGGGCCGCCCCUGGAGGUGUCCCGCGUGUCCAAGCGCAGCCUGUUCGCCCUGUUCCGCCGGCUGAGCCAGCAGGCCGGGCGGGCGGACCUGCUGGCCUUCGCCUCCUACGCGGAGGCCAAGGGGGCGGCCCGGGCCUACCAGGUGGCCCGCGACUACUUCGUCCAGGGCCUGGAGGAGCUGGGCUACGGCAGCUGGAUCGGCAAGCCCCAGGAGGAGAAGAGCUUCGCGCCCGAGGAGCCGGAGCCGUAGCCCCUCGCCCUCCGGGACGGACGCGGGGGAGAGGGCGGGCGGCGGGCCCCGCGGGCGAGCCCGCCCGAACCUCCGCCGUGCAUGCUCUCGGUCGGCCCCCUUUCUCCCCCCCACCUCGAGUCUCCCGACCGUUCCCCCCCGAAAAAAGGUAGUCCCCCAAGCAGCCCUCGAUCCCCGAGCCGGGGGCCCCCGUGGCUCCCGGGGGAGGGAAGCCCCUGCAUGGCGGGGGGUUGGGUGAUUCCGACCUCGCGGCCCCAGUUUCUGCCUUCGAGUUGUCUCCCCCACCACCCCCAUUAUUUUCCCCCCCACUAUUAUGGCUAUGAUUUCAAAAAAUGAUGCGCCGUGGUCCGAGCGUUCGCUCCCACCUGACCGGGGACAGAGGGGGAACACCCGGGAGAAGAGUAGCCCCCGCCCCACGUCCACCCCCAUUUUGUAACUGCUUCCGCAGACCUUCGGGCCCCCCGGCCGCCGAAGACACAUUCCGCAGAUGAAAUAAAUUCUCCCAUUUUUUUUUCCGUA